AGUCCGCCAGUUGUGAUCAGUGAGCUGCUGAAGUCCUGCACGGAGACACGCAGUGGGACGUUUCCCGAGCACUCGGAUUCUCAAGUGGCUCUUUUCUCGUUUGCGCCUUGCCAAAAAGGACACCGUGCUCUUUUUUGUGGACUUUAUUAUUAUUGUUAUUUAUUUAUUUAUUUUGUGGGGUUUGAAGUCGGAAUACAGGAGACGUGUUUGGGACGAGGAUGCUCCAAAUGAAGUAGCGCACUGGGGCUGAAAGGCUUCUCCGUCCUUCGGGACAUUUAAGGACGGCCGUCUGUGUUUCAUGUCCGCUGGAUUAUAUUUACCAAACCCAUUUUGAAUCAUUAUUUUUAUUUAUUAUUAUUUUUUAUCCUUUAUUUUAUUAUUACUAUUUUUUAUAAGUUUUUUUUUAAAAUAAAGUAACGCACGUCCACGGCCACCCCCUGCGCCCUCUCUCCAAUGAAAUAUCUCCCUUCAGGAUCAGCUGUUGAUCGAGUUAGCGCGCGGAUCGAGCUCAGUGAGACCAGCGUUCCUAAGAAGUCCCGUCCCGGUGCUGCGCUCUCUUUGUUGACCCCUCUGGACCCACUUCGACAGGCAAAGCGGCUUCCUAUCCGAGUUAUCAAGAUGUUGACGGCGCACACCGGACACUUGCUACACCCGGAAUAUUUACAGCCUCUAACACCCGCACCAGUGAGCAUCGAGCUGGAUGCAAAGAAGAGUCCCCUUGCCCUGCUUGCUCAGACCUGCUCUCAAAUUGGUAAACCGGACCCUCCUUCUUCCUCCAAGCUCAACUCCUCCUGCAGUCAGGGGGACAAGGAGCCCAGCAGUCGGUCAUCUGUCUCCAGCCUGAAGCUCGGCGAGCACCGCCACGCCCUGGAGGACAAAUCCAGCUUCAAGCCCUACAACAAAGGCAGCGGUGAAUGUCGCAGAGACGGAGCCACCAGCAGCAGCGGCUCCGGCAGUGACAAAGUCGGCUUCAGGGUGCCCAGCAGCAGUAGCACUACCGCUAAUGGAAAUUCAACCAGUGGCCAGCAGUCCUAUCCGCCUCACGCUGUGUCGCCCAGCUCCAGAGCCAGGAGCAGCACCCCACCGGGACAUGCUCAGCAGCUUUCCAAACAGAGCCACUCUCCAGGUGGACAGCACGCCCCACACUCCCAGAGUCCCACUGGUGAAUCUGCACGUGACCAGAGCAGUCCCACCAGCACGAGCAGCAAUAAUAAUAACAACAAUAACAUAAAUCCCAAAAAAGACGCUGAGGUAAACAAGGCCAGCUCGGACAGCCCGCACCACGCUAACUCCAGUCACGUUCGGGCCAGCACAAACUGCAGUAACGGAAGCUCUGACGGAGGCUCCAACCAUGACGCAGGCAAAGCAGAGCCCACCCAGCCUAACCUUGGCCCUGGACACAUUACGCCCAUUUCUCCUUAUAAGACCAGCCAGCCGCUCUUCCCUCUGCCUUCCUCAAAUAUGGGCUACCAUGGAUCUGUAGUGGGGGGCUACGCAGGCUACCCAUCCCAGUUUGUUCCUGGGCUGGACCCGACCAAGUCGAGCCUGAGCGUGGGCAGCAUGGGCGUACCAGGAAAGCACCCAAGCUCCAGCCCUCUUACGGGCGCCUCCCCUCCCUCCUUCAUGCAGGGUUUAUGCAGGGACCCCUACUGUCUAAGUUACCCAAGUGUAUCCCAUCUUGGUGGAAGCAACUGCAACUCCUGCAUCCACGACCCUUCCUCCACCCUCAAAUCCAGCUUCCCCCUGGUGUAUCCCUCCCACCCCCUCCACUCUCUCCACCAAAGCUCCUUGUCAUCCAGUGGAUCCUCCUCCCUCUCUCAUCCCCUCUACACGUACGGCUUCAUGCUCCCCAACGAUCCCCUGCCACACGCUUGCAACUGGGUCUCAGCCGGAGGGCCGUGCGACAAGCGCUUCGCAACGUCAGACGAACUCCUGGCUCACCUCCGCACGCACACAGCCCUGCCGGUGGGGAUGGACAGUAAGCUGCUCUCUGCUUCCUCCUCAGGGCCUGCCUCCUGCCACCUUCACCUCCCACAUCAGAACAGUCCAGGCUCCAUGCACAGCUCUCUUUCUCUCAGGGCUCCCCCCAGCCUGGGUCUGGCUCGCUAUCACCCCUACAGUAAGGUCCAUCUCCCCUCUGGACCCUCCUCCAUCUCCCUGCACUCUCUGCCCACCACAGGUCCAUACUACCCUCAUUACGCACUCUACAGUCAAAGACUGGGGUCUGCGUCGGCUCUGGGAUACCAGUGAUGCACCACCUACUUAAAUCUUUAGAGGAAUGGUUCAACGUGUUGGGAAAUAAUGCUUAUUUGUUUCCUGGCUAAGAGUCAGAUGAGAAGAUUGACGCCGCUGGCGAAUUUCUAUUUUAAAUAUGAAGCCAGUUCAUUUAGCUUAGCUUAGCAUGGAGAAGGGGUAAAAUACUGAACGAGCUAGCAGAGAUUUUAGCU